AAUGCAUCCAUUCAUAUAAUGUUAACCAGUUACAUUGGCUUCCUAAGUCCUUUAGGCACUCCAUCCAUACGGUGUAACGGGAAAUACCGUUUGCCGGUUUGACUGAUCGGGGAUACGGUUCCUGAAGCACAAGCGCUUCGAUUUUGGAAGGUAUUGUAUAUCCAGAGGCAGGUAAAUAGCAGGUGCAGCUGCAGGACUUUAAAGGAGCACUGUGCGCAGUCCUUGCCGCAAUGGCAGCAUCUCCCCAGUAGGGGCGCUGGUACAGACACCGAGCUUCGCAUAGUGGCAGCAGGAAGUGUUGCCUUUGGCUGCAGCUCGGUCCCUCCCCUGCUUGUUCCUGUGGUCAGUUUUCGAAAGGUCUCUACGUAGAAAUACUUGGGAAGUGGACAGACUUACGAAAGACGUUGGCUUUUCGUUCUAGAGGCCUUUAUUUGCUCCGUUAUCUUCUUAUCUGCCGCAUUAGUCACACGGAUUUACUUAUUCGGAGGCGGGUGACAUGGACGUGGGCCCCGCUGACGGGGCGGCGGAGGUCAGCGGUGGUGGCUCCGGGGCUACCACCACCAGUUCCGUCCCGACCCUCCUUCAUGGCUCCGGCUUGGUUGAGUACCCGUCCGGGCUUUUUGCUGUGCCCGCUGUAGGGGAGACACUUCCGCCCGGUAACGCCACGGUUCCUAAUAUCGGCACCGAAAUCCCGGGGGCCGCCCUGUUGACGCAUUCUUCCCUCUGGGACCCAGCAGCCAGUACCGACUGGGACCAGGAAAGGGCUUCUCAGCAGUGCAUCUUGAGGAUCAAGAGGGAUAUCAUGUCUAUUUAUAAAGAGCCACCACCGGGCAUGUUUGUUGUUCCUGACGCUCAGGACAUGACAAAGAUACAUGCUUUAAUUAUUGGACCCUUUGAUACACCUUAUGAAGGGGGCUUCUUUCUGUUCCUGUUCCGUUGCCCACCUGAUUAUCCUAUCCAUCCACCAAGAGUCAAGUUGAUGACAACUGGGAAUAACACUGUGAGGUUUAACCCAAACUUCUACCGCAGUGGGAAGGUCUGUCUUAGUAUUUUGGGCACAUGGACAGGUCCAGCAUGGAGUCCAGCACAAAGUAUCUCCUCGGUCCUUAUCUCAAUCCAGUCGUUGAUGACCGAGAACCCAUACCACAAUGAACCAGGAUUCGAACAGGAAAGACAUCCUGGAGAUAGCAAAAAUUACAAUGAAUGUAUCCGACAUGAAACUAUUAGAGUGGCGGUGUGCGACAUGCUAGAGGGGAAGUAUCCAUGUCCAGAUGCUCUGCGAAAAGUGAUGGAAAAAUCAUUUCUUGACUACUAUGACUUCUAUGAGGUGGCUUGCAAGGAUAGAAUUCAUCUUCAGGGUCAGACAAUGCAGGAUCCCUUUGGAGAAAAGCGAGGUCAUUUUGACUAUCAGAGUCUACUAACACGCCUACAAGCCGUCCGGCAACGCAUCAAGGAGACAAUUGAUGAAGAAGAUCCAGACACAGAGUCUGACAGUAGUUCAUCAGGGACAGAACCAGACAGCCAGGGCAGUAACAAACUCUAGAAAGCAGGUUUCAAGCACUCAGAAACAAAGAAGGGAAUAUCAGAGCUGCAAACCCCAGGACCGUAAUACAUGGGUGCAGGAGCUCUGCAGAGCCAGGCAGCAUUAGAACAAAAAAACUGACACUGCUGUUCUAGAAGACACUGAAGCCACCAGUCUAGAAUGUCAGGUGAUCUAGGCCAUCUGGUUCUAUAAUUUCAGCAGAUAGAGAAAAAGAGAAGUUGAUUUCAUUGCCCGUGUUGCUGUCACCAAUGUUACCACAGCCUGAAGGUUAUUAAAAUUGUCUGCAUUAUCCUGAGUGCAGUAGCCAUGUAGGAUGCGCUUGUUACACUCUUAAGCAGUGUGCUGGAAAUAUGUGGAAGCAGAUGUAACCAGGGGUACACCAAGCAGAGUUGCAAUAGUCUUCAUUUGUGUGUAAAUGAUUGCACCUAUGAUAUGUUCUUAACUAUGUAUGUAUUUGUGCACGUGUGCACAUGCACAAACAGAGGGCACUUAAUUGCUACUCAGUCAGUUGCUUUUUUGAAUAUUUAUGAGUGAACUGCAGGCCAGGGACCCAAGAGCGGUCAGUCUGACCUGGUUUUCUCAGGUAUGUAAACUGACACAGCUCUAUAUUGGGAGGGUAGUUCCUCUCAAACAGAAUUUGUAUAAAAGAAUGCACUUAACCCCAGUAUAUAAUAGUUGGUUUACUUACCAAAUUGCAGACUGUAGUUUAUGCAGACAGCCUUUAUUAAAGUAGAAUUUAUUUUCCUUAGUCUUUCUGUAUUGGGUAUUUUAAAUUGAGCAUUAUCUAAGUUUAAUAUAAUAAACUGAAUGUACAUAUAUAUUUUUGGCAAAGCUGGAAAAAUAAAUAUUGCCCUUCACAUGUUA